AUGUUCUCCAUAACAUCCUUGGAAAAGCUCCAAGCAGGGAAAUAUCGCUGUUACUCUUACAAAUCUGCAGGGUGGACAGAGUGCAGUGACUCCCUGGAGCUGGUGGUGACAGGAGUUCACCCCACCAAAAUCACUCUGUCAGCCCUUUCCAGCCCUGUGGUGACCUCAGGAGGAAAUGUGACCUUUCAGUGUGUCUCACAAAAGGCAUAUAACAGGUUCAUUCUAAUGAAGGAAGAUGAGAAGUUCUCCAAGGCCUUGCCCUCACAGAAUAUGCACCCUAAGCAAUUUGGAGCCGUGUUCACAGUGGGUCCUGUGACUCCCAACCAGAGGUGGAGGUUCACAUGCUAUGGCUACUACUUGAGGAGCCCCCAGCUGUGGUCAGUGCCCAGUGAUCACCUAGAGGUCCUGGUCUCAGGGACUCUCCAGAAACCCACCAUCUGGGCUGAGCCAGGUUCUGUGAUCACCUCAGGGAAUCCUGUGACAAUCUGGUGUGAGGGGACCAAGGAAACUCAAAUAUAUUUCCUAUAUAAAGAAAGAAGCUCAGCACCCUGGGACAGUCAAACUCCCAAAGAUGCUGGUAACAAGGCCAUGUUCUCCAUAGCAUCCAUGGAAAAGCAUCAUGCAGGGCAAUAUCACUGUUAUUCUUAUAAAUCUGCAGGGUGGACAGAGCGCAGUGACUCCCUGGAGCUGGUGGUGACAGGUGUCCAUCAUGGAAAACCUACUCUGUCCGCUUUUCCCAGCCCUGUGGUGACCUCUGGUGGGAAUGUGACACUUCAGUGUGUUUCAUCCAAAGGAUAUGAUGGGUUCAUUUUGACUGUGGCAAAUCUGAAGUUCUCCAGGUCCCAAAAGUCACAGCUGACACACACUGGACAGUCCCUAGCUCUGUUUCCUGAGAUCUCUGUGAUGUCCAGCAAGAGUGGUCCCUUCAGAUGUUACGGAUAUUAUACAGAUAACUCACAUGUGUGGUCAGAGUCCAGUAACCCUCUGGAGAUACAUGUCUCAGGUGAGGAAGUCUCUUCAUUCACUCAACUGUUUGACACCAGAAACCAUUUGACAUAUGCCCUGCUGAACCCUCAAGGAGGGCCCUUCCUGGUGACCCAACACGGCCCUGUCCUGGGCCCUGGAGAAAACCUGACCCUUCAGUGUUCCUCUGAGAUAAGUUAUGACCGAUUUCUUCUGUCCAAGGAAGGGGAAGGUGACCUCCACCAGGUCUCUGUUCAUCAGCCUCAAGCUGGAUAUUUUCAUGCCAACUUCACCCUAGGUUUUGUGAAUUUUUCCACUGGAGGACGGUAUAGGUGCUAUGGUUCAUAUAACUUCCCUGAGUGGUCAGCCCCCAGUGACCCUCUGGACGUCCUGAUCACAGGAUACCUCCCCGUCAUACCCAAUCUCUCAGUGCAUCCAGGCACUACUGUGUCCUCAGGAGACAAUGUGACCCUGCUGUGUCAAUCAUCAGUCCAAGUGGACACAUUCUUUCUGUUUAAGGAAGGUGCAGCCCAUCCCUACAUGCAACAAAGAUCAAAGUCUCAAGAUCUACAAUAUGAGGCAGAAUUCUCCAUGAGUGCUAUGACCUCGGCCUUUGGGGGUUCUUACAUAUGCUUUGGUUCUCAAAACUCAUCCCCUCACCUGCUGUCACAUGCCAGUGUUCCUGUGGAGAUCAUAGUCUCAGAACUGGAAGGAUACCAAAAGGCUGUGAUUGGUGUCUCUGUGGCAUUCUUCCUACUGCUCUUCCUCCUCGUCCUCUUCCUUUUCCUCAGACUCAGACAUCAGAAGAAAGACAGGAAGGGAGCAGGGGUCUGGGGAUGUGAGAUGUCCUGGAAAUCUGGUCAGGGGAAAACUUGCAUGUUUGUUAUGACAGAUGCUACUGUGAAGGUCACACAGCCUGCAGACAGCAUGGAGCUGGAUGUCCUGAGCCAACGUGAGGAAGACCCCUCUAAAGACUUGUAUGCCCAGGUGAAGCCCUUGAGACUCAGAAGGACAGAGAUCACCUCUUCUUCUCUCAUGCCAAAGGAAUUAUUGGCCUCAAAUGACACACAGUCAAAAGGAAAUCAAGUGAUAGAUGAGCAGGCUGCUACAACAGAGGAGCCACAUGAUGUGACCUAUGCCCAGCUGUGCAUCAUGACCCCGAGACAGGGACAUGUGAACCUCCCACCUUCCAGGCAGAAAAGUCCAACCUGAGAACAUACUCUGGCCUCUACCAAUCCAGGGAGAUCCACACUCUGCAUUCUGUGGGAGAGGGAGGACUCAGGGAUGCCAGAAAACAAGGUCUGCCUCAGGUGCACAGUCAUAGUGCAGACAUGACCAGUCUCUAGGAAAUCCUGAGAAAUUUGAGGACUCUGAUUCUGUUGUCCCUGCAUUUUAUAAAUAAGGCAAAUGCUUUGUCAGUGGCCAAUGCAUAAAAUGAGGAAAGAAGCAAGGAAUGAAGAAAGUUUUCUUUUUUAUGUUUUCUUUGUUUUUUAUUUUAAUUUUGAGAUUCCACUAUUGUUACAGCAUUUUCCUCCUCCCUUUCUUCCCUCCAGACAUUUACAUAGAUCCUUCUCUACUCUCCUUCAAAUUCAGGACCUUUUUUUUCAUUGUUAACACAUGUACAUAUGAAGAUGCAUGUAAAAAUUUUAAACAUUUUUACCCUGAAUAUAUACCUUUUGUCAAUUAUAUCUCAAUAAAGCCAAAAUUGAAUA